GCAGCUUCCACCUUGCCGGCUCGCGAGAAAAAGACGCGAUAAAUUUUUAUUGACUUUUCUAUAGUGACUAUUCUUUUAUUGAAAUAUUUCUAUUUAUAUUCGAACUCAAAUCAUCAUCAUUCUUUUGUGAGAAAGUGAAAAUUCCAAACCAAAUUACCAAAGUAGUGUAAAUUAUAUUUUUGGAUCAUAAAUAUUUAUUGCAGUGAAUUUUGGGCAACGAUGAACUGAUAAUCUUGAAAAAAAGAAAACGUUGUAAGAAUAUUUCAAUGAUUACAGAUUGACGUCAGCUGAAAUUUAUAAUUGCUUCAUACCAAUUAAUCAGUCUAAUUAAAAUACUUGAAGAAAAAAAUCUCUCUCCAAUCUUUGGUACAGUUACUUUAGUUACAGGAAUCGCGUGGAUAAUCAGAUCGAUGCCUGAUACAAAAAUAGAUAUUUGAAGAAUCACUGUUUAAGUCUUUCCUCCUCCAACUUUUCAGACUGAUCUCAACGCAUAAAAAUAAAAAAUAAAGUAUUGCCUCCAGCAAGUAGCUCAGAACCAACUGUCGACUCAUGUCGUAGUGAUCACGUUGGAUAAUCUGGGCUUGUUCACAGUAUUUUAAGUAAACUUUGGUGCUACAUCGAGUGUCACGUAGUAAGUUGUCACGUGGGAUUAGUAUCAACAGAUGCAUGAGUGAAACACGUGAUUGUUCAAAUAUUUGGCACGUUGAUAGUAGCGUUUGCCGGUUCAUGGUAUUGUUUAUUAUUACGUGGUUGCGGCAGAAGAACCGCGAAAGUGGUGCGCGUGAUGAAAAAGGACAGGGACGCCGCUAUGGCGGAACGUUCUAGUGGUGCAAAACGUAGAUCACGGCGUGAUAGCAGUGACACUAGCUCACGUCGUGAAACACCGGCUUCAUCUCGAGAACGUCGAAAGCGUUCAAAUAAACCCAUCAAGGAACGAUGGCUUCUCACUCGGAAGACAUGGAGAUACAUGACAGAUGCUGGACGUCGUCUAAUUCCAGAUGGUGCUUGUAAUCGUUUAGAGGAUAUUCCAAAGAUCGAACAAUAUUUUCAAGAAGUUUGUCAGAAAGAGCCAAAAUUUCUCUUAUGGAGAAAAGCAUCGUACCCUGGUACUUUAGGUUUUAGAACUCACAGGCAUAGAAGGAUCAUCAAAGGAGGUAGUUGUAAAAUAAAAGCAAGCUCUGCAGAUGAAGCAGAUGAGUCCAAAAGUUCCAGUUAUUUGUUUUAUCCAACAGCAUCUGGAGGUCGUUUUGAUAUUUGUAAAGCCAAAAGAGAUUGGUUUCUAUCAUCUGGAAGUACACCAACAACACCUGUAGCACGAAAAAAAACUACUCAAGAAGAUUUUGAAACUAAAAUCCUAGCUGAUAUGUUGCAGAAAUAUUUGAAUAUGCAAUCAGAAACUGUCACAACGUCGGAAAAUGCUAAAGUAAAAAAUACAUCUGAUCAAACAGCUUCAAAACUUCCAUUUGAUUAUGAAAAUUUAGUAAAAAAAUUACAACAGCAUCUAGAAUUAAUCAUGAUCGAAGACAAGCCGGAAGCAUCAAGAAAUGUUGCGAAAGAUCCGAAUAAAUUGGGAGAAAACUCUGCAUCAAGUAUGCUUCCUUAUCGUGGAGAUUACGUUCAUAAAUCACUUGUGGAAACUUUAAGUCGUCACUAUGCUAAAUCAUCGAAUCGAGAACAUGCGAUAUCUUCAAUUCUAACUGAUAGGAAACUUUUAGAAAAGCUGUAUUUUGACUUGAGAUGUACUAGAGGAUUCAGAGGAACCAGGACAACUGGUGCUUAUACAUCACCACCUCAUUCAUGGAAUCUUCGUAGUCAUUAUAAUCAAAAAGAAAUUGAUCAUGAUUGGUUACCUUCAAAACGUGAUAUUGUUUCUCCACCACCAUUAAUAGCAGUUCAAAAACCGAGCACUGAUAGAAGUUUUGCUGAUGUUAUUGUCCAAACAGACCCGUUGACGAAACAAAUAUUAGACUUAUUUUCAACAGAAAAAGAAAAAGAAGAAAGUGGUUCUAAAGACAGCGGAAAAAGUUCAAGACGGCGAAGUAGUGUUGAAAUUGAUGAUGUAUCACCAUCUGUCAGUGAUACUAUUAAGAGAUAUUUGAGAAUGGCUCGGAAGAAGUCUGUUGACAUUGAUAAAACUGAUAGAUUCAAGAGAGUCAAUUAUGAUCGAAAUUUGAGAUACAUUAAAGCUAAAGGAGAAAUCGAUGUACCUGGAGAAACUUGUGAUAAUAAUAAAGCUUCUCAAACUGAUGAUAAUUGGAUCCAUAGUUUAAGGGAAUCUGCUUUAAUUUCUAAUGAAGGAUUCGAUAAUUUAUCGGAUGCUGAUACAACCUCUCCUAUAAGUAGAAACGCCAGCUCAAGAAGUAGUAUUGAUGCAGGUCUUGGUUAUGAAGAACCUCCUAGUACUCCAAAACAUCAUCAAUCCUUUCUUUCCCAACUUCUUCAUGGUACUAAUCCCCAUAAGGAUAAACCUCAUUCUGCUCCUGCAUCACCUGCACUUAACUCUUCAAAUUCCGCAGGUGGAACAGCAAUGCAGAAGAGCAAGUCUUCAAGCAGUGUUGUCCAUCAUGGUAGUCGAUUGGUUGCUAAAAAAAUCUGGAGGUCCAGGAGUAAAAGUACAUCUAGAGUUAAUCAGCCUUCGGUAUGGACACCCCAGGGAAAAUGCACGUGGGCUGGAACAGGUGGACGUCGUGUCACUCUCCAAGAUAUUCCUCUACGAGUGUUAUCUGAAGUUGAGCAAAAAGUACUUUGCAAGGUUGCUGUAGCCAAACUUCAAGCUCUCAAUCUUGGCGUUCAUAUAAGACCACCAAGUGAAACAUUAGGCUCAAGCUCAGUAUCUAAUAAACCUAAAAGAAGAGCGUAUCUACUCAAAAGGAAAGCAUUGACAACAGGAUUUUUUGAGAAUAAGACGAAAGAAGAUAAAUAUAAGGAUUCCUUGGGAGGCCUUGUUUUUGGGAUUCCAAUAUCACAAUGCCUAGAGAAUGACAGAUUAGCCAGAAUAGCCGCUGGAGAUGUAGCUGACAUAGGCAGUUUAUCUAGAAGCAGUAGACAUGGCAGUAGAACUAGCUUUUCUAGUCUUAUUGAAACGCCUACCGCAGCUGUUUCCAAAAUAGAUGAUAAUGGAUCGUGUGAAUCUCUGUCAUCGAAGGGUGGUAUUCUAUCAAAUACUGACCCGGGUGGGUCAGAGUUGAGUGACAGUGGUGAUGGAAGACCUCCAAACGAGUGGGAUGCUGUACCUGUGAUUGUCCGACAAUGUAUAAAACACCUAGAACUCAAGGGCUUGAGAACAUUAGGAAUUUUUCGAGUUUCACCUUCAAAAAAAAGAGUUAGACAAUUGAGAGAAAACUUUGAUUGUGGACGAGAAAGAAAAAUCGAACCCGACCAAUGUCCUCAUGAUGUAGCAACACUUCUUAAGGAAUAUUUUCGAGAUCUUCCAGACCCUCUUCUCUGCCGAGAUUUAUAUCAAGCUUUUGUACAUACUCAGAAAAUACGUAACAGAAGAUUACAACAAGAAGCACUUCAACAUCUUAUUCAAUUGCUUCCGACUCCAAACCGAGAAACUCUUUGGGCUUUGUUGAACUUCUUAUCUGAAGUUGCUGCUAAUAGUGAUGAUGUAAGAACUGAAACUGGUGAAUGGCUUCCUGGCAAUAAAAUGGAUGCGACUAAUUUAGCCACGGUAUUCGCUCCAAAUAUUCUUCACUGUGUCAAGCCAGGACAAACAAGAUCUGAAGUAUCAGCAGACAGAGCAGAGGAAAGAAUUGACGUGAUAAAUGUAGUCCGUGCAUUAUUAGAAAACUCAUCAAGUUUAUUCAUGAUCCCAGCUGCACUUCUUGAUGAACUUUAUCUCCACAUGAUGGAUACUCAUCCAGUAGAACUUGACCUUGCUCUUUCUCGACGAGCUGAAGAGCAAUGUGUAGACGAGGCUGAUCCAUUCAGUGAACCAGAAAUAUUUUCCGAAGAAUCUAAUGUUUCAUCGAUUCCUCAAACAACAAAAAAAAUAUGGUCACGUGAGGAAUGUUUACAUCAGAUGGCAGGUAUAGGUGGUGAUAUAGGGCCAAAGCCAAGAAGACCAAAAAGGCCGGGAUCUAGACGAAAAGAGGAUGGAAGAAGUAAUAGUGUAGAUAGUGGAUCAAGUGAAGAUCCAACUGACUCACGGAGGAGAUCAUCUCCAAUGGUUAUCACAGCUAGUCUCACAAUCCCUAUGUCUGGAGCAUUCACGCUAAAUCUCGAUGAUCCAGAUAUUCCUUACAUUGAAGAACAGCCUAAACAGCCAGCUGCACCUCCAAGAAGACAAAGACAAAGAUCUAUUUCUGGAUGUAGUGAAGGUGGAAGACAUGGCAGUGACAGUGCAGUUGGUUCAUCUGCUACCCUUUCCGGAGAUCAACCCCCCAGUUCUCCUCCUUCAUGGGCAUCAUCACCACCAGCGAGUCCUGAUAGCGCUGUCACCGCAGUUUCAUAUAUUCCUGACCAGCAAGCUGUUCUUCAACGUGUGCUAUUUACAACUUCUAGUGAAAUUCGAGAAAUAUCGAGAUCAAUGAGUCAAGAAGCACCAAAAGCAACUUUAUCAUCAGCUUAUACUCCAAGUAUAACUAGCAUAGGCAAUGCUGUAUUAAGAUCCAAAACAGCUGACAUAGAGAGGAUGUUACGCAUUUCUAAAGCUGAUAAUAAUCGGCAAAAGAAUAGUGGAUCAUCAUCAUCAACAACAACACCAACAACAUCAUCAACAACUUCUAGUGAUAAUAAAAAAUAUACUAAACGAAGAUAUACCGACUCGAGGCAUCAAACUCGCCAUAUUCCAGAUGCUGAAAGCUUAGUGAAUAAAUCGUCAGCAGUCUCAUCGAGUUCUUCAGUAGUAUCGAAUUCUUCAAGUCAGCGAAGUAGCACAGCUGCAGCAACAGCACCAGUUUGGAAACGUCGAGAAAUCAUUUCCUCAGCACCCAAAGAACAACAACGUUAUUUUUAACAGUUACCUAUUACAAAAUUAACAUGAAAUUCGUGAAUACACUAUAAAAAAAAAUAUUGCUGCAGUAACAAAACAUUUUAUUAUUACAAAUAAAGGCUUUUAACCACACCUCACUUUUAUCAUAAUACAAAAUGUGAUACUGUAGAUGCGCUUAUAACAAUACUUUGUAUAAUUACAACAGCAAUAUUUUUCUUUCAGUGUAAUUUAUCCAUGAAGAAAAGUUCGAAAUUACUAGAUAACCGUCCUUGUACUUUAAUAAUUGAAGAAAUACCUAUAGGUUUGUUGAUCUCUUCGUCAUUGUGACGAACUUUCAAAUUUUAGACUUUUAAGCUAUAAAAUUAUGAAUAAUAGAUCACUAAAAAAAAUACAAUCAAAACAAUCAAUGAACUUUUGGGUUCAUUUAUUACUGUAAAGCAAUAUUUGAAUCUCCUCCAGGUGAGGAGCUAUUUAUUGUGUGCCAAAGAGAUAUCUUUAUCUAAUUAAGUUUUUAAUGCGUAAAAUAAAAAAAAUAAAUAA